AUGUGCGACGAGGACGAGACCACCGCGCUCGUGUGCGACAACGGCUCCGGCCUGGUGAAGGCCGGCUUCGCCGGGGAUGACGCCCCCAGGGCCGUGUUCCCCUCCAUCGUGGGCCGCCCCCGACACCAGGGCGUCAUGGUGGGUAUGGGUCAGAAGGACUCCUACGUAGGAGAUGAAGCCCAGAGCAAGAGAGGUAUCCUGACCCUGAAGUACCCCAUUGAGCAUGGCAUCAUCACAAACUGGGACGACAUGGAGAAGAUCUGGCACCACACCUUCUACAAUGAGCUGCGCGUGGCCCCUGAGGAGCACCCCACCCUGCUCACUGAGGCCCCCCUUAACCCCAAAGCCAACCGUGAAAAGAUGACCCAAAUCAUGUUUGAGACCUUCAAUGUCCCUGCCAUGUACGUGGCCAUCCAGGCUGUGCUGUCCCUGUAUGCCUCUGGCCGUACCACUGGUAUCGUGCUGGACUCCGGCGAUGGUGUGACGCACAACGUCCCCAUCUAUGAAGGGUAUGCCCUGCCCCAUGCCAUCAUGCGCUUGGAUCUGGCUGGCCGGGACCUCACUGACUACCUGAUGAAGAUCCUGACUGAGCGUGGCUAUUCCUUCGUCACCACAGCUGAACGUGAGAUCGUCCGUGACAUCAAGGAGAAGCUGUGCUAUGUGGCGCUGGACUUUGAGAACGAGAUGGCCACCGCUGCCUCUUCCUCCUCCCUGGAAAAGAGCUACGAGCUGCCUGAUGGGCAGGUCAUCACCAUCGGCAACGAACGUUUCCGCUGCCCGGAAACCCUCUUCCAGCCUUCCUUCAUUGGCAUGGAGUCCGCAGGGAUCCAUGAGACCACUUACAACAGCAUCAUGAAGUGUGACAUUGACAUCAGGAAGGACCUGUACGCCAACAACGUCAUGUCUGGGGGUACCACCAUGUACCCAGGUAUUGCUGACCGCAUGCAAAAGGAGAUCACAGCCCUGGCCCCCAGCACAAUGAAGAUCAAGAUCAUUGCCCCACCCGAGCGUAAGUACUCUGUCUGGAUCGGUGGCUCUAUCCUGGCCUCCCUGUCCACCUUCCAGCAGAUGUGGAUCACGAAGCAGGAGUACGAUGAAGCUGGCCCAUCCAUCGUCCACCGUAAAUGCUUCUAAACAUGUUUACAUGAUCACUUUGACAACCACGCUCAGGAUGACAACCUUCUAGGUUGCAGGCUGCUGAGGGCCUGC